GAUAUAUGUAGUCGUUAUAAUUUUUCAACAGCAAAACAACAACAACAACAACAACAAAUAGAAGUGGUGAAAAUAAAAUGAAUGCACCAUCAACUUUUGAGUCGUUUUUGUUAUUUGAAUCUGAAAAGAAGAUACAAAUAGACAAGGAUACCAAAGUACCCAAUGCAUCUAUAUUCACUAUCAACAAAGAAGACCAUACCCUGGGGAACAUGAUUUGCACACAAUUGCGCAAGGAUCCACAGGUUUUGUUCACUGGUUACAAGAAUCCGCAUCCCCUGGAGCACAAAAUAGUGUUGCGUGUGCAGACAACACCUGACUACAGUCCCCAGGAAGCCCUCACCAAUGCCAUCACUGAUCUCAUCUCCGAAGUCUCACUGCUUGAGGAACGAUUCAGGGAAGCUGUUAGAGAAAAGCAGGAGGGAGAUAUUUGAACUGCCAUGGUCUUCAAUAUGUGAAAUGCCAUCCAUCCCAGCAAGGAUUUUACCUGGCCUUUUAUUGAAUGAUCCAAGGACUGUAGUAAUAUUGAUGGGCAGUUUACAGAUACAAGUCUGUUAUUUCCUAUAUUAGUCAAUUUACUGAAAGCAGCCUUGUUGAAAUAACUUUGUGUGCUAAAUGAAUAAUUUCUUGUUGAGCCACAAUUCGAAGCUCAUAGCUACUUAUAUUUGUAUGUACUACGGUACUUUGAAAUCUGGACUUAACGUUCGUUUGGAUGCUUGUUGAUUGUUUAACGAUGUCAUGUUUUGAACUCUGAUAGACAUACAGACAGUCAGACAGUCAGACAGACAAACAGACAGACAGACAGACAGACAGACAGACAGACAAACAGACAGACUGUUUAUUUGGACUUAUACAAUAGUUUGUCUUCAUGCUCAAAUGUAACACAUUAUUUUCUGUCCUAUAAAUACAAAUAAUAUAACAUUACAUAACAUAAAAGUCAAUAAAAAUAAAAAUGAACACAAUGUGAAUCGAUGAAAAGAACACGUUAUUUUUAUCGAGGGGUUGAUGAAAUUAAUGUCUUCUUACAUAUUGUGCAUACUUUUUGCUGAUGACAUUGUAAAUUGUGCAGAUACUGCCGUCAAUUAACAGCUGCCGGUAAACGCUUCAGCAGAAUUUUGUUCUUCAACACGCGUGAAUUUGAAUUUAAAGAAUACUGAUGUAAUGGUAUUAAGAAAUGGGGGUCAAUAUGAGAAAUGGCGUUGCAAUGAUUUUCCAGUAAAUACAAUGUCUGUCUAAGUUAUGCUGGUCGGCUGCUAAAAGGUAAUUAUGGUAGUCGCUAGGGUAAGGAAAUCAUAUUUUGCCAUUAAAGAAUAUCAAAUUCUGUUCGAAUAUUUCUGCGGUCCAUAUUUCUUCAAAUUAUUCGAUGCCAUGAUUAAACCAAUACUCACACUUAGAAUCUAAUUCUGUGGGUUUGCAUAUAGUUAUGCAAUAGGGCUAGCUCAAAUAGAAGCCUGCAAGUACUUUUUGGGUGAUCAAACAUAAUGCAUACAAGAGCUGUCAGAAGACAGCGCGCUCGACUUUGGAUUCUGUGGGUUCGUAUAUAGUUAUGCAAUAGGGCUAGCUCAAAUAGAAGCCUGCAAGUACUUUUUGGGUGAUCAAACAUAAUGCAUACAAGAGCUGUCAGAAGACAGCGCGCUCGACUUUUCAAGUGCUUGACAGUAUAACUUAAGCCAUCAUACGAAAUUGUUCAUAAUCAAUAAUGUCAAGAUAAUAUAGUCAUAUUCUAACUGGAAGAGGACCAUAAUUGAAAAAUAUUGAUCGCUUAUGUUUUAAAGAAGUGGUACCUUAUAGAGGAUUCUGAAUUCAGGUAUAUUUUCCACAAUCUAUUGAACAUUUGUAAAGACAAAACAAAGUAAUUAGAUUAUAUUUCAAGUUUGAUAGUAAUAGCUUGGGUGGGGUGGUUGGAUGGUCUUUCAAAAAUAAAAUAAUAAAAUUAAAUAUUUGUGUUUUUAUGCCCCCGGUAUGGUGGCAUAUAGCAGUUGAACUGUUAGUCCGUUUGUCUGUCUGUCUGUCUGUCUGUGUGCCUGUCCGAAAACUUAAACAUUGGCCAUAACUUUUGCAAUAUUGAAUAUAGCAACUUGAUAUUUUGCAUGCAUGUGUAUCUCAUGAAGCUGCACAUUUUGAGUGGUGAAAGGUCAAGGUCAUCCUUCAAGGUCAAAAGUAAAAAAAUACAAUCCAAUGGAAGUAAUAAGCAUUAAAAGGGAGAUAAUUUCUAAACCUGCCAAAUGAUAUAUUGAAAAAUUAUUUCAAAGCGGAGCAAUAGGGGGCAUUGUGUUUCUGACAAACACAUCUCGUUUUAAACCAUGUUUCAAAUAAUAAAAAAAAAUUGUGUGGGGGGUGGAGAGGGGGAAUAAUGUUGGGGUGUGGUCAUUUAUUUGAUGAUAUUUCAAAAAUAAGAAAUGGGGGUAUUCUGGGGUGGGGCGUGGGGGUGGUUUGGGUGGAGUCCAUUGUGGUACCGGGGUGUCAGGUAAGUGUUGACUUGUCAAAGUAUGAAUCAAAUCUGAUCCUAAUUAAAGAAGUUAUGGCAAUUUAAGCAAAAUUUAUUUAUUUGACCUUAAGAUUCAAGGUCAUUCAAAGGUCAAAUUCAACUUGUCAGGUUGCCUCUCCACCCCUCCCACUCAUAAAGAAAUGGUUUUUUUAAACAUGGUUAUAAACAAAUAUUUACUUUUAUUUUUGAAAGACCGUCCAACCAUCCCACCCAAGCUAUUGCUUUCAAACUUAAAAUAUAAUUUUAUAUGUUUGUUUUAUGUUUUUACAAAUUUUCAUAAGAUUGUGGAAAAUAUGAUAGCUUACGUUAUACUGUCCAGCACUCGAAAAUGUGAGCGCGCUGUCUUCUGACAGCUCUUGUUUUUUAUCUAAAUGUCUGCGUUCUCUUCGUGGCUAAGAUUUGAUCAGUGUCCCAUAUUUUUGUUUGUACCGUUGCAAUGUUUCCUACUCCUCGGAGUUCGCUCGAUUCUAGGAUAGGUGCCCCCUGGAGAGAUGACACCUCAAAGAUUUUUAACUGGGCGGAUAUAAGCCCCCUCACUGUUUUUUAUUGGGCCGAGAACUGCUAAGAAAUUUCGCGGCGAGUAAAGUCGAUAGAUAGAGCGAAUAUUACAAUGAAAAAAAACGCCAGUAACUUUCUUGCUAAUAUGGCUCUUAUUUAAACACAACUUUUACAUGGCACUCAUUUACAGUGAAUGGUGCAAAUGCGUACAAAGGGACUUAAAUAAUAUUAUCACGUGGCUAAAUUAAAUUGUCACCGCAUACAAUGUGUAACGGGUAUUGUUUUCACAACUUACUCGCCAUAAGUAAUUGAUUGCUCACCAUUUGCAUUCAAGUUCUUAUUAGAUACAAUUGUUGUUUGAGUAACUGUUUAUGGUAAAAAGGUAAUGAUGAUGAUGCCAGAUGGCUGCCGUUUUUGGUCGUAAUUUACGCCCGGAUGUCCAUUAACAGAAGCGCUGGUCUACAGACACUGGUGCACUUUUUUGCCCCUUGAAUUGUUGUGAGGGGGCAGAUAUCAGCCUACUUAAUUCUGACGGGGGGAGGGGGGGGCUCGAGGAAAAAUGCUAUUUUAACUAUGUAUAAAGAGAGCAUUUAGGUCGUAUUAAAGUAUCAUUGAUAAAAACUUUGCAUGACUGUAGAUCUGAUUUUAUUAAUGUAUUGAAUACAAUUAUAACUUUAUCAUUAGUCAUGCGGUCAAAACUUCCUCAAUGACACAAAUAGUUAACAGCUCCUUUAACUGCUCGCAAUCCAGAUCGAAAGUCAGACCAUUUGCAGUUUCUUGCUUUUUCAUAAGUGCAAAUCAUAUACCAUAUUUGUUUUGCAUGUUUUGUUUGAUAAAGAAUAAUACAUGUUAAUAACUAACAAAUAUAAAUAUUGACAUUAAUGUUGUUAAUUAAGGUGUCCUGAUGACUAACCAAUACCUUCGUACAUUCACGUUAAUUCUAAAUAAACAAUAAAAUUAA